AUGGAAGAAUAUUCUCGUAUUUGGAGCUUAAAAGCUACAAAUGGUUUUCUCCCACGAAUUAAAAAUACAGGACGUCCCAACAUGCAGCCUCGACUACGCAUUUUCCGUGCUCCACCACGACUCUGUCCCCGCGCCCCAGCCCACAUCCCUUCUUUAAAGAGACUCAGACUGACAGAGACGGUUCGGCCAGCUAUCCCGAUUCUCUAUGUCUGGGCCGUGAAUCGCCGAUCAAGGCUGAACCCCCGCAAAAUUACAGAAGAAUCUAAAGCGCAAACGAGGGAAAAGAACAAAAAAGCAAAGGGGGGGAAGUUGGGUCGAGACCCACCCCCACUCUCUCAACCCCACCCAAGCCUACCUCUCCUACACUGGACAAAACCGAAACAAAAACGUAACAAAAAUAAAAACGAAAAAAAGAACACCACGAGAAAACAACUCCUCCGAAGCCGCCGCCAUUUUCCGCCCCCGCCGGAUCGCUGCUGUGCCUUGGCAGCAGCUCGCUUCCCUACUCUGCAGCCUGAGCCACGGGCGCCGCCCGGCCCUAAGAGGGAGGCCCUGGCCGGAACGUGCGGGGACGGCAGCUGCAACGUCAGGAAGGCCAGGCUCCGACCCCGCCCGCAGUGCCCCGGCGCCGACAGCUUGAGCCAGCCGGCGGGAGCUAGCGGGCAGCAAGGGGGCCGGACAGGCUCCACUGGGCGGAGCGGCCCUGGCGGUGGUUGGGACCUGAAGGUUCCAUCGCACUUACUUCCUGUUUUGGGUCCGGGCACUUUGGAAGAACCAGGAUGGAGGCUCCAAAAAAUACCAGGAUGGAGGAAGCAGCCACGGGCGAGAGUGGCUGCAGCUGGAGUGAGCGAGCGCGACAAGCCACCGGAAACGGAGCUGCGGCCGCGCCCCGCCCCCAGCUCCCCGCACGCUGCCCCUCCCGCUCGUCUGUCCCGCUGGCGGGCCCGCGUGCUGGCUGUACGCGUCACUUCCGGCUGUGUCGGCGCGCGAAAAAAAAUCCUGCGUUGGAAUGUUGGUACUGGUCUGUGGCGGUGGUUGUCGGCUGUCCUGCCGGGAAAACUCAGCACUGACUAUCCCACUGCUGAUGCUGUAAAAGAGGAACCAAAGAGCAGUGAAGGAAUGUGUCCAAGGGCUCCCAAGUUGGCAGUGGAAUUAGAAUUGAAGCCUCAGCUCCAAAGCCUGUGUUCUGAACUACCCGGUUGCAGCUCACAAAAUACACUUUGGCAGUACUUUCAUAACGAAAACAAAUGAUUACAACCAGUUUACAAAUGCUUUGCUUUGCUUUACUUUACUGGAGGAUCGACAUGUUUGACUAAUUUUCAAAAAUAAGUCUCAGAAGCAGCAUUUUCUUGUGUUGAUAACUUUAUUACUAAUUUGUGGCACUCUGCAUUCUAUUGGAGUUAAGCCAUGUAUCAUUUCAUUUUUUAAUAAGUACAUAAUAUUUAUGUAAGCAAAACUGUGAGACAGAAUAGUAUCGUGCUGUGGACUCAGGCAGUCAGACCUGAGUGUGAAUCUUGGCUCCAUUUCUCAGUAGUGGAUAUGGCACUUCACCUCUUUUAGCUUUGUUUACUUUAGAAAAAUAGGAGUAAUAAGAUCUACCUUCCAGAAUAUUGUAGACAGCGUAGUUUGCAUAGAAUCUGACGUGUAUUAAGCAUUAAAAAUGGUAACUAAUAAACCUUAAAGCCAGGAAAGCAAUACAGCUACUCAAAGAGCCGUUCUAAUAAAAUAAUAAUUACAUAUGCAAAAUUGUUGACAUUUAACAUUGAUUAGAAGGUGGUUCCUAAUGAGCCAUAUUUUUCAUAAGACAUAACCAUAUAAGAUUAUUUUCGCUAAGGCAUAAAAUAGUGAUAAAUUAUAGUCGGGCUGUCCAUUCUCUUCUGCUAAAUUUUAGGUCAGCCUGCACGCUGCUAAUUCCCCCAAAAAAGUCAAGUGCAUCCUCAUAACUAAAUUCUCCCUUUCUGGUUGAGUUUCUUUUAUAACUACCUUUUCCCAAGUCAGUUGGUAUUUAUUUGGGGAUGACAAAUGUAUUUUAAUAUUAGCUUAAUGCGUAAUUAAAAAAUAUAAUAACAUCUCUAUCCCUUUAGCUUGAAUAAUCAAUGUAAAGACGAUCCAUAACACAACUUGAUUCCCAGAGCAAUUUUCUGCAGUUAUACUUCUAUGUUAUCCGUACCUCAUUACUUAGUCAAUGUGUACCUAGGGAAUGGAUGAGAUUUCAAAUAUUAUCCAAGGAUUUACCUAUUUAGGAAUUAAACAUUUUGUAGAAAAAUCAUUAGAAGUAUUUCUAUCCUAAACAAUAAUUAUGAAAGCAUUUAUAGCGUAGCUAUGGUAUUUACUGCAUUUGCUAGUUAAAAUUGACUUUGUUGGACUCCAGAUGUUUAUAACACUUUUGUGAACCUCAUCAGUGAUUGAUGAUGAAAUUGCCUUUUAUGACAGGUUGAUAUAUUAAUAUAAAGUAUUUCAAAUACUGAGAAGCAGGUUCUGUUGUUUCAUGAUCAUCUUGUGCUAAUUCAGAAAAAAAAAGAUGUUUAUAAGCUUUUGUUCAAAGUAAAAAAAAAUACAAUUACUGAGUAAUUUUCUUUCUA